AUGGCACGCAAAAGAAAAGCACAGACGCUCGGGGGGCCGAAUGAGAAGCAUUCCGGAUGCAAGAAGGCGAAGUUGGAUCUGACCAAGAGUCAGGUCAAACAUUCGGUCCUGCAGCAGUACUACGACACUGUUCAGACACUCCGCGAAUACCUGCUUUCAAAGCUGCCAGGCUCUUCGAGACUUCGUCGCAAAAAGAUUGCCUCGUUGGGUAAGGACGAGAUUCAGCCAAGCAAGGAAGGUCAUGAUUUGAUACUGGAGCUGUCCUUGUUACUGGACACGACCCUGGUUUGCACACAUCAUCGCCCCCAGGCUCAGACCGAUUCUCGAUGGGAGCAAUGGAGGUCCUUCUCGCAAAAGGCUGACGAGUCUAUCGUAUCGGCUUCGGGCGAUCUGGCCAGUGCUACUUGCUCACAAUCAGAGGUGCCUCCGUGCAACCCCAACAGCUUUGUAUCUCAGGCUGACUAG